AUGGCAAACCAAAAUGAAAACCAACAACAGAAGAAGCAGAAAGAGGAUUUCUCUCUGAAGGUGACUACUCCAAACAUCAAUGCCGGAAGAGUGAUCAGUGGUGACAGGCUCCCCACUGCAUUUGACCUGGUUGAGAAAAUGCAGUUUCUGUUUGCUAGGGUGGUGAAGGCCAAACGUUUAUGUGCAUGUGAACCUGGCAACCCUUAUGUGAAAGUGAACCUUGGAAGCUUUACAGGAACAACCAGAUGCUUGGAGAAAACCACAACUCCGGAAUGGAACCAUGUCUUUGCUUUUUCCAGGGACAGGAUUCAAGUGCCUGUUCUGGAAGUUGUGGUUUGGAACAAGAAAUGUGGAGACCCUGAUGAGUUAUUGGGAAGUGUUGCAUUCACAAUUUCUGAUGUUCCCAUGAGGGUUCCUCCUGAUAGCCCCUUGGCACCACAGUGGUACAAGCUUGAGGAUCAGAAUGGGGUGAAGAUUGAAGUAGAGUUGAUGUUGUCUGUUUGGAUGGGAACUCAGGCAGAUGAAGCUUUUCCUGAGGCUUGGCAUUCAGAUGCAGCAGAGACUAGUGGUGAAAACAUUGCUCAUACUCGUUCGAAGGUAUAUAUUUCUCCUAGGCUUUGGUAUCUUAGAGUUAAUGUGAUUCAAGCUCAGGAUUUGUUGCUCAAAGCUAAGAGUGGUAAUAGUUCUGAUAUUUUCAUCCAAGGUGUUGUGGGGAACUUGGCUUUGAGGAGCCGUUUUAGGAAGAGUAAUGCAAACCCCAUGUGGAAUGAGGACUUGAUGUUUGUUGUGGAAGAACCCUUUGAUGAUUGCUUGUUAGUGACGAUUGAGCAAGGGAGUUAUAUCAAGCAUGAAAGGGUGGGAAGUUGUGUUGUUCCUUUGAAGAAUGUGCAGCAGAGAACUGAUGCCACUCCACCAGAUAGUGUGUGGUACAACCUUCACAUGCAGAAGGAAAAUAAGGGUGAAGAGAAGCUCAAGUUUUCAAGCAAACUCAACAUGAGGAUCUCUUUGGAUGGAGGGUACCAUGUUCUUGAUGAGGCCACUCACUACACCAGUGAUCUCAGGCCAUCAUCAAGGAGCUUAUGCAAACCAAGCAUUGGAGUUCUUGAAUUGGGAAUCCUGAAUGCUGUGGGGCUCUCUCCGAUGAAAAAGGAUAACCGCACUGAUGCCUUUUGUGUAGCCAAGUAUGGUCCAAAGUGGGUGAGGACAAGAACUGUAGUGGAUAGUCUUUCUCCAAAGUGGAAUGAGCAAUACACAUGGGAAGUUUAUGAUCCUUGCACUGUAAUCACUAUUGCUGUGUUUGAUAAUGGAAACUUGAGUGUAGCAAAGAGUGCUGGAGGAAAAAAACCAGAAGAAGCAGUUGAUAAGAGAAUUGGCAAGGUAAGGAUUCGUUUGUCCACUCUUGAAAGUGACAAGAUUUACACUCACUCUUAUCCACUUAUAAACUUGCAAACUCAAGGAGCAAAGAAGAUGGGAGAAAUUCAGUUGGCUGUGAGGUUUUCUUGUCCAUCUAUGUUGAAUGUUUUGCAAACUUAUGCACAACCAUUGCUCCCAAGAAUGCAUUAUACAAGCCCUUUGUCUAGAUUUCAGUUGGAUAGUUUGAGGAACCAAGCUGCUGUGAUCACCACACUGAGGUUCAGAAGGGCUGAACCACCACUCAGUAAAGAGGUUGUGGAGUACAUGGUAGACAUGGGAGCAAAUGUGUGGAGCAUGAGGAGGGGAAAAGCUCAGUUCUACAGAAUUGCUGGUCUUCUGAAUGUUCUUGUUUUUGCUGGUAAACAGUUUCAUGAUAUACAUUCUUGGAAGAGUUCAAUGACCACAGUGGUUAGUUACUUGAUGUUUCUGUUGAUCAUUUUCCUUCCUAAAAUGAUUUUGCCGUCAGCAUUUUCCUUCCUCCUUAUGGUUGGAAUUUGGCGCUAUAGAACAAGUGGUGAGAACUUAAAGAAAAGGUAUGAUCGGUUAAGGGCAGUUGCAGGGAGGGUGGUGGAAGUGAUGGCUGAUUUGGCAACUCAAGGAGAAAGGGUUCAAUCUCUACUGAGUUGGAGGGAUCCAAGAGCAACCGUUUUGUUCGUUAUUUUCUGCUUUGUGGCUGUUAUUGUGACAUAUUUUGUCCCUUUUCGCGUUUUGAUGUUCAUUUGGCUCACUUAUGUGUUGAGACCUCCGAGGUUUCGCAGCUUUGAUAUUCCUGCAGUUCCACAAAACUUCCUCAGGAGAAUGCCUGCAAAAUCAGAUGCCAUGCUGUGACUUGGAGAUGAAGAUGAAGAUGGAACAUUCUUACUCUCAGAACUCAACUUUUCUCUAC